UGUGUCGCAAUCAGGUCAACAAAGCACACUCUGUGCAGGACUUUGUUUUUUCACGCAACACACAUCGAGUCAACAGAGCUCCAUAUAGAGUGGAAAACUGAAGAACGCUACAGUACCACAACUAUCAUGGACUCUACAGCACAGGGGCAUUUGAAAUGGCUUUGUUUGAUGCUAGUGCUCGUCUCAGGUGGCGCUCAGGCUCAGACCAGUUCACCCAGCUGCCCUGCCUGGUCUUUCGAGCAUUUCUCCAAAAUGCUAAAGGCCUCAGAGGAAUGCCUGCAGUCACCCGAGGCUCAGUGGACAGACAGACAAACUGCAGCUUUACUCGACAGCCUGCGCAGACUGACUGAGAUUUUAGAGAAACGUCAAAAAGCAGUGUGUAAAGACACCAUGCCUGGGGACUGCCCUUUCCCAGUGGUCCACAGUAAAGGAGGACUGGCCUGUGUGGCUAUAGAAGAGAAGAUUUACUGCAAGCCAAUGUGCAACGAGGGUCAGGACUUCUCCUUUCUGAGGAGAUCGAGGGUGUAUGAGGAGUGCAGCGCUGCUACUAACAGCAAAUGGACAACACAGUAUGUGGGCGGGAACAAGCUGGCUGUGUGUAACAAAUCCAACCUCCAGAUAUCAGGAGCUGCUUCAGCCUAUUUCCCUAAAGACCAGGACUGCCUGAAGACCAAGAGUGACCCAGCACUGGAGGAGUCAGUCAUUCAGAGCUUUAUAGCAGAGCUGAGAAAUAACUCCAUCACAGGCAAUAUCACACAUAGCUGUCUCCUCUGUGGAUGAAAUAAGCACUGCUAGAACAGGGCUGGAUUACCUGUACUAGAAUAUAUUUCAAAUUGUUGUUGAUGAAUGAAUCUGAAUUAUUGAGUUUUUAACAGUGUGACAUUAAUAAAGGCGGGGUGAUUUUAAUUCAGUAUGAAUUAGCAGAGUUCAUAGUUUUCAGACUGACAGUGAUACUGUAGUGUCAAUGAUUUAAAUCCAGUAUGAAUCUACUGUUUAUGCAGAUUUUAACAGUCUGACUUUAAUAAAGGUAGAGUGAUUUUAAUCCAGUAUGAAUCUGCUAUGUGUGUGGAUUUUAACAUUCUGACUUUAAUAAAUGUGGAGUUAUUUCAAUCCAGUAUGAA